ACCCCAGUCAGUGGCAUGGCUGCCCUGGGCCCCAGUCCCUGGCCCCCUUUACUAAUCCCGGCCCCUACUGUACCGCUGCUGCUGUUGCUGCUGCUCCUAGCGCCUGCUCAUCCCCAGGGCCUGUCUGGAAUGCAGGGGGAGCCCUCCUUGGGAGAAAGUUCAUCUGGGGAGGAUGUUCUGGGCGUGGAGGAUCUGCCCAGUGAAGAGGAUGCACCUGGAGAGGCGGAUCCACCUGGUGGGGAGGAUCCACCUGGAGGUAAUUCUGAAGCCCAAAAGGAGGAUUCCCUGAAGUUAGAGGAUCUACCCACUGUUGAGCCUCCUGAGGACAGUCAAGGUCCCCACAAGGACGGAAAAGGGGGUGGCCACGGUCUUUGGAGCUAUAGAGGCACCCUACUCUGGCCCCAGGUGUCCCCAGCCUGUGCCGGCCGAUUUCAGUCCCCUGUAGAUAUCCGCCUGGAGCUCACCUCAUUCUGCCGCGCCCUGCAACCCCUGGAACUACUGGGCUAUGAGCUGCAGCCUCUCCCGGAACUCAGCCUGUUCAACAACGGCCACACGGUACAGCUGACUCUGCCACCGGGGCUGAAGAUGGCUCUGGGACCUGGGCAGGAAUACCGGGCCCUGCAGUUGCAUUUACAUUGGGGGACUUCAGAUCGCCCCGGCUCAGAGCACACUGUCAAUGGCCACCGUUUCCCUGCUGAGAUCCACGUGGUUCACCUCAGUACUGCUUUCUCAGAGUUUCAUGAAGCCGUGGGUCGCCCGGGAGGCCUGGCUGUUUUGGCUGCCUUUCUGCAGGAGAGCCCAGAAGAGAACAGUGCCUAUGAACAGUUGCUGUCCCACUUGGAGGAAAUUUCAGAGGAAGGCGCCAAGACUGAGAUCCCAGGUCUGGAUGUAUCUGCACUGCUGCCCUCGGACCUCAGCCGUUACUACAGAUACGAAGGCUCUCUAACCACACCUCCCUGUAGCCAGGGGGUCAUCUGGACUGUGUUCAACCAGACAGUGAAGCUGAGCGCUAAGCAGCUCCAUACUCUCUUUGUUUCCCUGUGGGGACCUCAUGAUUCUCGGCUACAACUGAAUUUCCGAGCCGCACAACCUUUGAAUGGGCGAGUGAUUGAGGCCUCUUUCCCUGCCGGAGUGGACGGCAGCCCGGAGCCAGUCCACAUGAAUUCCUCCUGCCUCGCUGCUGGUGACAUCCUGGCCUUGGUGUUUGGCAUCCUCUUUGCUGCCACCUGCCUGGCCCUCCUCAUACAGCUGUGGAGGCAGCACAGGCACAGAAGUGGGACCAAAGACGGAGCCAGCUACAGCCCAGCAGAAAUGACAGAAACUGGAGCCUAAGAAGAAGCCAGCUAGAGGAUGCUGGGAACCUUGUCCUGUCCCGCCCAUCUGCCCAUUAUACAGCUUCUUUUUAACCACCGAGGAAUCUUUCUCAUCUUCCUAACUUUUCUUCCUUCCUUACUUAAGUAUUGCAACGGGAUCCUAUAGUGAAAAGGCAAGAAUGG